AUGUCUGCUCCAUUCCCUACCAAGAAGUGCGGUGUUCUGGGCUGCACUGGUUCAGUCGGCCAACGCUUCAUCCUCCUCCUCGCACAGCACCCUCACUUCAAGCUCCACGCCGUGGGCGCUUCGUCGCGCUCGGCGGGAAAAAAAUACAAGGAUGCCGUGAAAUGGAAGCAAGCCUCGCCCAUGGGCGCCGACAUUGCUGAGUUGGUGGUCAAGGACUGCAAGGCGAGCGAGUUCGCGGAUUGCGAUGUCGUUUUCAGCGGACUCGAUGCUGAGUUUGCUGGAGAGAUUGAAAUGGAGUUUGUGAAGGCGAACAUCCCCAUCUUCUCAAACGCAAAGAACUACCGCAAAGACCCGAUUGUCCCACUCGUCGUGCCAACCGUCAACCUGCCACAUUUCGACGUUAUCCCAGCACAAAGGAAACAACUCGGCCUUGGGAAGGGAUUCUUGGUCUGCAACUCCAACUGUGCCGUCAUUGGCAUAGUCAUCCCGUUCGCUGCACUACAAAAGGCAUUCGGGCCAGUCAGCCAGGUCAGCGUUGUCACCAUGCAAGCUGUUUCCGGCGCAGGAUACCCAGGUGUCAGCAGCAUGGACAUGAUCGACAAUGUUGUGCCUUUCAUCUCCGGCGAGGAGGACAAGCUUGAGAACGAGGCCCAGAAGAUCCUGGGAGGCGUCAAUGCUGAGGUUUCUGGCUUCGCUGAGCAGAAGGGACUCAAGAUUUCUGCGGCCUGCAACCGUGUUGCCGUGUUGGAUGGCCACACUGCCUGCGUCUCAUUGAAGUUUGAGCGCCGCCCACCGCCAUCUGCGGAGCAGGUCAAGCAGGCUAUGAGGGAUUACGUGAGCGAGGCACAGCAGUUGGGAUGCCCAUCGGCACCACAGAACGCCAUCUUGGUCAUGGAUGAGCCGGAUAGGCCACAGCCGCGACUGGACAGGGAUACCCAGAAGGGAUAUACCGUCAGUGUUGGACGAGUAAGAGAAGAUGAGAGCGAGAUCUUUGAUAUCAAAUUUGUGGCUCUGAGCCACAACACGGUCAUUGGUGCUGCUGGAUCGAGUAUAUUGAACGCUGAGGCAGCUGUUCUUAAGGGCUACAUUGAGUAA